CCAAGUAAGUGUACACAGCGGCCAAAUGUAUAGCCUCACUGAAAAACAUGCAGUCACGGGAGCAGCGGUGUCACGCAGCCAGACCAUCGUCAUCAACACUGAGCAAAAUGCGAUCAGGCAUUGGCUCUCGCUGUGUCCCAUCCAUCCAUCUAUUUCCCCCGCAUGCCCAGCCAGAAACCAGUUCCGAAACCCGCCGCACCUGAGAGGCAGAACGAAGGACGACGCGAGAAGGCAUCAAGACAAGCAGACAGAUGCUGUUGGUUGGUCUCUGUUGGUUGCAGUCAGUGCAUCCAUCCGUACUUGGUAGGCCAAACAUGAGGAACUUCUGCAGCUUGAUCGCACCAAUCUGGAAGUCUGAAGCAGCCAAUCCAAGAGAGGGCGCAGAUGGGUCAGUCAGUCGUGGCUUGGCGGCUGUUUACGGGGCGGGGCAGUCGGUGGUGUGGUGUGGUGUGGCCUGCCUACCUUACCUUACCUUUGUGUGUGAUUUGUCCGUCUUUGUCAAGGUCCAGGACGUCCGUCACGUCCUUCUCUAUCUUGGGCCAGUUUAUCGAUAUGUAACCCUUGUACGCCUGAGCCAUCCAUCGCAUGCCCACAGAAUGAGUGACAGCCGUGGCUGUGUGUGUUGUGCUCACGAGUGUCUGCAGCGAUAUGUAGCCCAGCCCGGCCAUCGUGACCGCCACGCGGAAGGCCUGGCGGAUGGCGAAACCAGACACGAAACCAAAGAUGGCUCCUGUUGAGAACUGCACACACACACACACGACAACAAGGAUGAAAACGAGCAGUGAAGUGCGUUGCAUGCGUCGGUCCUCCUCUCCUCUCCCGCCAGUCCCAUGGAUUUCAUCACUGAUACGUUUGGUCACCUGACCUUGUCACUUCCGAGCACGGGGUCUCCCCAGACCCUGCCAUUCAGCUUGAGCCAAUCAUCCACCGUCUUGACGCCCUUGAGACCAUCGCCGUAGUCCUGGAACCGCUGGCCGAGCUUCGACGGGUCAAAGGCAGACAAGAAACUCUCGCUGGAGAGGCUCUCUUCGGGCGUUGGCGGUGGCGAAGGCGUCGAAGGCGUCGCUGUGGCGGAGUCCGCCUUGCCGCCCAUCUUUGCCAUUAAU